ACUAAAUGUGAUUUAAUAAUUUUCGAACCUAUGCAAAGAGUGACAUACAAUUUAAAUUCUAGUUUUAUCAAUGACGUAGAUGUCAUAAGUGUUUUUGAUAAUCAGAGAAAUAUUCCUAUUUUUAUAAAUGACAUUAACAUUAAUUGAUAUUUAAUUGUAUACACUUAUGAUAUUAAUUUUUAUUUUAUAUUGUCUUAACUCUAGAUAUAAUUUCUAAAAAUUGAUUACAAAACUCAUAUGUUUACCAAUUAAGUGUAGUGUCAAUUCAACUCAAUUGGAACUGAUACUUGGUUAAUAUUAUUUCUUAAAAUUUAGUAGUAUUAUCAAUAUUUUUUUCAGUGUCGAAGGUUCGUACUCUUGGUUUUCUUUCAAUCUUAAGUCAAUCAAUUCUGUUCAUUCACAGUUUAAUUAUUCAAACAUGUUUUCUUCAAUGUUCGAUUCUUUAUUUAAAAAAUCUAAAAAUACCUCAAAAAAUAUAUCUUCUGAAAUAGUUAAUAUAGCUAGAGAAGGUGUUGAAAAAUUAUUACAAGAAUUAGAGAAAUCGAAUGUUCAAAAUGAGCCACAUGUAACAUCAAACAUUGAUUCACCCUACAAUGAAGUUGUCUGUCUCUCUCAAGCAAUGACUAUAAAUGACAACGAUGAAUCAAUAGAUAGUUGCAGUGAAAUUGGUAAUGAUUCUAUCAGUGAAAUAAAUAGUGAAGAAAAUAAUAUGCCAAGUUCCUCUGAUGAUUAUUCUCAAAGUGAUAUACUAAAAAAAUUAAAUGAUUUACAAUGCCCAUUCACAUGGAAUUUAAAAUCAAAUAAAAAACAUAUUAUUGAACACAUAGAAAAUAAAUAUGGCAAAUACAAUCUAGAUAUUUCUUCAUCAAAAUUUACAUUUGAGAGAUUUAUAGGUAAUCUCAUUAUAAGUUAUGAACUAUUUCAUAAAAGCAAUCACGAAAUAGCUCAACUUAAAAUUUUUGAAAUUGGUAAAUGGCUUGAAGAACUAGAUAAUGGUACUGAUGAAUUUUACCAUUCUAUUAAAAUAGGUUUGAAACACGUAAUGAUGUCAACGUUUGCGCAUAUGUUAUUUGCAACAAAUUCAACUGAUCAAACUCAGUGGUUUUUAGAUGAUAUCUCAGUGUUUGGAAUUAUUCCUGAUAAACCGAGAGCAGCUGUAUAUGCCAUAAAAGCAGCUGUUUAUUUAGAAUACGCUACAAAUUCAAAAUCUUUCAAGAAAGCUAAUGAAUAUGUUAAAAAAGCUUGUGAUUUAAAUCCUACUUGUUCAUAUUGGUUUUAUUUACUUUCUAUUAUUUUAACUGUAGAAAGACAAUUUUUACAUACUAAUAAAUCAAGGCCAUCUGAAGAAGAGAAAAAUGCUAUUCAAAAUGCAAUUUUACUGUCUGAUGGUUGUAAUACCAAGUAUAAUUUUCACAGAAUGUUUCUAGAAAGAGAUACUAUUGUUAGUGAUUUUCAUGCAAACAAAAAUGACCGAGGAAAGAUUAAAAUGGAAAAAAAUCUUAAAGAUAAUAAAAUAAUUGUAAACAUGAUCAAAACAAUUAUGAGUAUGAAACCAGAAGAUCCCCAUAUUGUUGUUAAAUGUGCAAGAACAUUGAUGACACUUCCCACUAUGGUAAGAGAUAUUCCAUUAGGUAAAGAAUUCUUGAAUGAAGCAUUACAGAUGGCUCCAAAUGAUAUAUCUGUUAUUAAAGCUGUUACAAAUGCUAUUGAAGUAUCAAAAGAUAUUAUUAAAAAAUCUGAAAAAUCAAACAAACAAUCAUCAGCAGAAAUAAAUAAUUCUUACUUGUCAGAAGAAUUGCAGAUGAUUGCUGAAAAACAUCUAAAAGGGGAGAAUGCUAUUCCACAUUUAACUCAAUUGUUAGAGAAAUAUGAUCACUUAGAUAAAUUAAAAAUAAUGUCUCAGAUUUCUUCAUAUUCAAUAUUGUUUAACAAUAAUUUAAGAGUGGGAGUAGAACAAUUCAUGAUAUUAAUGGAACAAAAAGAAAUUCCUGAUAAUCUGAUAAAAGACCAUUAUUCCUUAUUUAUCAAAGGAAGCAAAAAAUUCAACUUGGCAGAACUUAUUAUUAAUGAAAUAAGCCUAGCAAUAUCAUCUUGUAGCACAACAAGUGCAGAUGUUUCUUAUUAUGCCAAUGUUCUAGUAAAAAUUUUAAACACAUUUCAACUAAUUAGAAAAAAUGCAGAUCCUAAUAUGUGUUCCAAUUUGAAAAACAUGUCAAUGGUUUGUUCUAGUAUGUCAUACCAGAAAGAAAAUAAUAUGAUGGAUAAAAGAAGUGAUAUUUCUUAUGGUAAAAGAACUAGUAAGAAAAAUAAUAAAUCCAAAUAUGCAGAAAAUAACAAUUCUAAAGCAAAUAACAAAUCUCAAUCAUUUCUAAAAACUUACAAAAAUAAUAAUAUGAUAAAAAAUCCUUCUAAAAGUAAUGAAGCAAAAAAUAAAAUAAAUGAUAUUCAGAAAAAGGUUAGAGAAGAAGAAAUGAAGUAUAAGUUGGAUAAGUUUUUAAGUUCCACUUCAAGUCCAUCUUGUUCUAAUUUUCAGGUCAAUCCUGGGCCAUCAGUUCACUUACAAAAUUUACAAACACAAAAAGACAUUGAAAACUAUGCUAAACAGGUGUACAAUAAUAUUAUUAAUCGUUCUCAACAAAAUAGUAAUAGUAUACAAAAUAACCAUCACGUAUCAGAUCAACCAAAAAUGAUUAAUAUUAAACAAAAACCUAUAUACUCACCUAAAAAUGAAAUGCCUUCAUUAUUAAACAUUAAGGUCCAGCAACCACUAUCUGAAAAGAAACCAACUAAACCAAAAAACCAAAAGAAAAAAUGAAACCACAUAUCUUUUGUUUAUAUUUUGAAUAGGUCUAAGACAAUUAUCUAUUGGCUGAUGUAUUUUUGUAAUUUUUAUAAACACAUUUAUUCGUUUUUUUAUACUUUUUGAUAAUUAUGUUUAAAUUAAAUAUUAAAAUAAUAUUAUGAUAUAUAUAUCUUCAAAUGGUACUUAUAAAAAAUUAUAUUUUGAGAUUUCAAUAUAUUGAGCAAUAUACAUGUUAUAUAAUUUUUAUUAUAUGUAAAAUUAAAAAAAAUAAUUUUUUA